CCUUUUUUUUUAGAUAAAAAAUUGUUGUCUGACCAAAAACCGUUUUCUAUCGAUUCAUCGGCAAUACUAAUUUCUGACAAACUGGACAACAAAAUUAAAAAGCUUUGCCAAAUUCAUGACGACAUUUGUGAUUUAGCCACACGUAUCAACAGAAUGUUCAGUCUUCAAAUGCUUAUUUUAAUAGCAUACGGCUUCAUGGCGAUUACGGCUCGCAUCUACUUUAUGUACUGUAGUCUUGUGACACAAACAAUACCACUCGUAUUCCGUGCCGCAGAGAGUACAACUGCCUCGCUGAUUUACUUAAUUUAUACAUCAGCAAAGUGCUUGGUUGUCGUACUGAUCAGUCACAAUACGAAGCGAGUUGCUCAACGUACAGGAAUAUUUUUGCACAAAGUGGCAAUUGCGGUAGAUGAAGACCAUCUGUAUGAAACAGUCAAUCAUCUGUCGCUUAAGUUGUUAAACCAUUCGAUAAGGUUUUGUGCAUGCGGAUUCUUCGAAUUGGAUAUGUCAACACUAUACGCUGUAGGAAACACCAAUGUUGGCUAAUUAAUUUUGUCAUAGAUAAGUUUCUUUUUCUUUCAGAUAGCGGGAGCGAUAACCAGUUACAUUAUCAUUCUUAUUCAAUUCAAUUUAGCUGCACUUAGAGGUAAAAAACCGUACGAGUUAUCGUCAUCGGGGAACGGAACUUUUCUCUUUAGAAACGAAAGUCUAACUCGAAAUUAAGACACAUGAAGUGGUCGAUUGUAUGUCGUAUAACAUAAUG